AUGGAUUUGCUUGCCGUUUCUGACUAUUGGAAUGCAGAUUCCAUCCAGCCAGGGCAUGCAACUGGCAAGGCAGAGUACUUGUUCAGUCGCAUCAAGCCGGAGAAAGCAGAAGAAUGGCGGUAG